AUGCACUCUCGGCCGUCUCGCUCGAUCUCCUCCACAGACUUUAACCACAUCAUUCUCGACCCGUCCAGCAGCACUUCGACGGCGAUACCGCAAGCCGAGCCAUCUCCAACUCGCAAACGCUCCUCGCGCUUCCGGCCCGUCCGUGCGCUCACGCUCCCGUCGUCGUCGACGUUACCCACGGUAUCGUCCCCCCGACGACGUUCCAGGCGGAAUUCCAAGGCGUCGGUUCUCUCGUCGUCCUCCGACUCGUCGUCGGACUCUCCGCCCGCCCAGCAACGAUCUCCCUCCCACAACAAUGCCGGAAUCGGGCGCAAGGUCGCCGACUCUCUGCAGCUGUUCAAGCAGUCUGCCUCAUCACCCGCCAUCGAGCACUCCGACCCGCUGGAGGAACUCGAGUUUCCAGCCUCGUCGUCGCCCACUCGCUCGCGGACCCACCGGGCCGUGUCUUCCAGUCAGCUAGCAGACGUCGGCGAGGCGACGUUUGAGUUUGUCAAGCGCUCGGAUUGGCACGAGCGCGCCGCCAAGGUCGCACGGUCGAAGAGCAACCUUAAUCCGGUCAUGGAGCCAGAGGGCAUCAUCACGCUCUCUGGCCGCGACCUGCUGCACCAGGACGCGCUGCGACGAAAGGACAGGACUUCUUCAUUUAGAGAGGAUAUUUUGGACGACGUCGCACAGUGGACUCGUGACGUCCAGCGCCAACCCGAUGGCCGAGGGAGGGCGCGGGAACGUCAGGCCUGCCCCGAGGGAGAGUCGGCCGUCGAUGACGAGCCACGCUCGAGUGCAUCAUCCGCUCGAUCGACGCAUUCUGUCCCAUUUCCGACCUCCUACCCGUCGCCUUCUCCUUCUCGGUCACCUGUUCACCGAGCGCCGUCUUCUCCUGCGCUUCUUGCUCCUCUGGCCCGGCGGCCCGAACUCAAUGCUCUCGCUCCUUCUCAUUCGCGUUCACCGACGCCCGUUCGUUCAACUUCACCUUAUCCCCCUCACGACGACGAACGAUAUUCGUCGCCACACGAACCGUUCGCGGUUCCCACACCGCCACCUCCCAGUCAUCACUCGUUUUAUUGGUCUACCGACGAUGAGAGCGGCUGGGAGACGGCGAGCGUGGCCAGCACCACAUCUAUGUCCUCACCACUCCCGCGCUCGCCCGCACCACUCGACAUUGGCGAUCCGGCGCUCGGGUGGCCCGAGCCUGAACAUGACGAAGUGCAUGAUCAACAUCAUCCCUUCCCGUCACAUGCUCCGCCAGGAAGUUGGAAGAGUCCGCGGCGCUACGGAGAAGAACCGGACGAGUACUUUCCCGACGCGCCCGUGGAUGGCGAAGACGUUGAGAGUGACGGCGAUCUGUUACCGCACAUUCCCCUGCGUCCUUUCCGCAACCAGGUUGGAGGACACACCAGCAUCUACAAGUUUACUAAGCGGGCAGUCUGCAAGCCCCUGGUCAGCCGCGAGAACAUGUUUUACGAGGCUAUCGAGCGCGAGGCUCCACCGUUACUCGAUUUCAUACCGAGCGGCAAGACGCAUUUGCCUAGCCCUGAGGAUACGCAACAUGACGGCGAGGGUGAUGAUGAAGAUGGCGAUACUGAGCAGGAGCAGGAGCAGCCAGAAGUGAUUCUCGACCGCAACAGGCACAUCGUACCCGAAUGGCUCCUCCGGCAGGCUGCUCACGCCCGCACUCGUGCCAUGUCGCAUUCAUAUGCCGCCGCCCUACCACGGCACGUCCGCCGGCCCUUUCUGGCAGGUGCGGUCAGCAGUCCCGAUCUCGGCACUCCGCGGCCGAAGAGCAUGAGUUUGAGCGGCGGGACAGCGAUGCGCAGCCCACUCGCGCACGAGAUCGGCGCCGUCGAUGUUCCCAAGACGGAGGACACCAAGCUUCCUGCGACGCCAGCGAACUCGCCAAACGUUGUCGGACGCGGAUUGCAGCACCAGGUUGUCUCUGAGCCUGACGACGCCGAUCACAGCGUUGCGGACGACGAGCACGAGCAGGAUCCGUCGCCCGGAAACGACACGGAGCGCGAGGGGGAAGAUAGCGCUCAGCGGCCCGCCUUCCGCCCCUUCCAUAGCGAGCAACUCGCCUUCGGCGGUCUUGGCAGCACCACGGUCAAUACCAAGCUCAAAGACCACGUCUUUGGCGCCAUCCUCCGCCGCCUCAGUCGGCGGCGUCACGUCCGCUGGGACGCCGGCGAGCGCUCAGGAAGCCCGGCAUACGGCCCGGACUACGAGGGUGACGCCGACGGCGAGGAAUCGGGUCCGCCUUCUUCUCCCGCAUUGCGGCCGACGCGCGAGCGGGCGGCUAAGGGUCCCAUGGACCGGCUUCUGCGCGAGGAGGCUGCCUUGCGCCGUGUGCAGAGUGAAGAAAGCAUGGCGAGCGCGGAUAAACUGAGGAUGCUCGCUGACGGGGAGCUCUUUCAUUUCGAAGACGAGCCUGAGCACAACCCCGACGCGCCCGUCAAUGAAUCCCGUUCGCCCUCCGUACCACCCACCGCACGCCCACGCAUAUUCUCGCCCAAAUCCACCCCCAUAACGCCACAUCUUUCCAGCCCUGAGGAGACGCCUGCAAGCUUCACCCGCCAGAAUCACUUCAUUCUUAUGGAGGACCUGACAGGCCGCCUUCGUCGGCCAUGUGUGCUUGAUCUCAAGAUGGGAACGCGGCAGUACGGGCUGGACGCUACGAGCGCGAAGAAGAAGAGUCAGCGAAAGAAGUGUGAUCGCAGUACCAGCCGCACGCUCGGUGUACGCAUGUGCGGGAUGCAGGUCUGGAACAACAAGACCGGCGAGUACACGACGCAGGACAAGUACUUCGGUCGCAGUCUCGACCCCGCUGGGUUUUCGUCGGCGCUUCAGUCGUUCUUGCACGACGGCGAACGAUUGCUCGUGUAUCAAAUCCCUCUGCUCCUGACGAAGGUGUACCAACUUGCUCGCAUCGUCGCACGCCUCCGCGGAUACCGCUUCUACGGUUGUAGCCUGCUACUCAUCUAUGAUGGUGAUCAUGCGGCGCAGGAAGCGUGCCGCGGCGCUGUGCUUGAGCACCCUUCGUCGCGCAAGAAGCGCGGCGAGAGCCUCGAGCGCCGUAGCACACAUACGCCCGACGAUGCCGCUGCACUUCGUGCUCCCAGCCUCCGCCGCGCGCAUUCCGAGGACCUUCUUGCGGGACCGGCUGGCGCACGCGCCUCCCGUAAGCGCAAGCGCGGUGAGGUCCAGCUCCGGAUUGUUGACUUCGCUCAUAUGACGACUGGACGCGACUACGUCGUCGUACCGCACGCUGAGCUCGAGAAAGAGCGCGCUGCGGAGAAGGAGCGUGAGAAGGAGCGUGCGACGAAGACCGAACAAGGCGAGGAAGGCGAGAAGGAGGUCGGUUAUACGGGCGACGUCGACCCUGCGACGGGUCUCGUACGCGCACGCUUUCCGCCGCAUUACCCCGAGGAGCCCGAUCGCGGGUUCUUGUUCGGUUUGCGCAGUGUCGCUCGCGCGCUUGAGGGCAUCUGGGAGCGCGAGCGGUUGAAGCGGGUCAAGCGCGCCAGGGAGGAACCCGAACGGCCAAUGGGUUCUGGGCGCGGGUUGCUACCGCCGCUCAGCGUCCCCGGCGGAGAAGUGUUCGAGGAGCUGUUCGGCGACGCCGAGGAGAACGAUGUUUAUGACAGCGGAUACAUAUCGACAUGA